UUAGCUGAAAGCCAUUUUGUUUUUCAGAGCUCUUUGCAAGGGUAUCGGGGCGAAUUUGCAACAAAGUAGCCACUGCAGUUGACACCGUUCAGUCUUCAGCUCCACGAUGCUUCCCUUGGCCAGAAACGCACUAAGUCGUCUCCCAGUUCGAAGCAUUCAGCAAACAAUGGCAAGACAGGUCCAUCAGAAAAGGGCACCUGAUUUCUAUGACAAAUAUGGUAAUGCUAUAUUAGCAAGUGGAUCCAUCUUCUGUAUUACUGUAUGGACAUAUACAGCAACACAAGUUGGAAUAGAAUGGAACUUGUCACCUGUUGGCAGAGUCACCCCAAAGGAAUGGAGAGAUCAAUAAUCAUAGCAGCUGGUGUAAUAACGAAUUGUUUCAAAAUCGGUGCCAAGUAAAAGCACCAUGUAUUGAGGAAAAUAAUUAUGACUUGCUGAAAAAAAUAAAAUACCUUUGAAACCUU